UAAUGGCCGCCCAGACUGUUUUUGUCGGAAAAACGUUUAAUUCUUACGAUGAAUUGACGUUAUUUGUGUCACAAUACGAGUUAUUUCAACGUCAAAAAUUCUGGAAAAGGUCAAGUCGAAAAAUUAGUUCCACUCCCAACAUUAAACGGUUCAUCAACCCGGAAUUGAUUUACUACGAAAUAACGUAUUCGUGCAUACAUGGGGGUGAAAAAUACAAAUCGCGGAGUAAAGGCUUGCGGAAGUCGAUUUCGUUUCGGCUCGAAGCGCCCUGUAAUGCCUUUAUUAAGUUGCGAGCGUCGCGGGAAGGGGAUUGUUUGGAGAUAAAAAGCUUCAACGAGGAGCACAAUCACGAUUUUAACCAGACUCGCUGGAAUGUGGCCCAAAUGGAGGCUUUAAUCGAACAGUACAAAAAACACCCAAUACUUUACAACCCCAACCAUGGGGACUACAGAAAUACCGAAUUGAAAAAACACAGUUUGUGUAACAUAGUCGAGGCUUUGCAAGCCGUCCGUUCCGGCGUAACUGAAAUCGAAAUCGUCACACAAUGGAAUAAUUUAAUCGCAAAAUACUCAAACGAAAUAACAGACACGAACGAAGAAUGUCACAGUUGGUACGCCCAAAAACUGUCAUUUUUGGACCAUCAUGUCGACUCCUCGGUCAAAUACGAGGAAAUUUUCGAAAAUGAUGAAGCAUCUCGAUCACCAGAAAUUCAAAUCAAGGAAGAAAUUCCAGACUCGCCACCACCAAAACGCGACAAAUCCCCAAAAGUCGAAUGUGACAUUUUUGGGGAUUUUGUUGCCGCACAGUUGAAAAAAAUCACCAGUGGUAGUGUACGCCAAGACGCUAUUUUUGAAAUACAUCAAGUGUUACACAAGGCAUUAAAAACUGAACUGUAA